GCGCGUCGCCGGCGUGUGCGGAGCCGCCCCCGCCCGUGCAGCGCGCCGCGGCGGGAGGGAGGCGACAGCUCGCUCCGCGGUCGCCGGGCGGACGCAGCCCGGGCCCCGCCGGCCGCUGAGGUGCCGCCGCCAGCAGGUUAAUUAUUAAAAAGUGCCUUUGUGAAGUCACUUUUACAAGAGAAGACUGCGACACCUGAAUGUGUUUUCAAAAUAUUAUCUCUGUCAGCUAGACGUCGCCCUGACCUUAUAUGUCACAGAAGACACCUCAACUGUCUUCGUUUGCCAAUUGCUUGAUGUGAAACUAGCUUCCAUAUUAAAAAAGCUGAAGAAAGAAUUACUGCCAGGACGUGAAUAAGCUGACUACAUUGCUUUUCCUGUGUAAUCAAUACCAGCAAGCAGCCUGCAAAGAAUUAAUAUUAUCUCAAGGAGUGCCAUUGCACUGAAGUAACUUUAUUUAAAACGGUUGUCAGCGAUCCAAUCAAGAGACUCAGAUAUUUUACAGUCAGAGAUGCUACUGAGCAUGAUUUUUUUGCAGCCAAAAGUCUACAAGUGGGACAUAUUGAUUGAUGAGUGACUGCUUGCUGAUAAAUUGUCUUUGCUCAUUCUGCUUGGUGUGUAUUGGGCUCCAUUAAGCAAUUUAUUACUUCAUUGCCGAUAGAAAAAAAGCACAGAGCUUCUCUCUCUCAACUAUAGUUUUUGGAAUUGUUGUAGAUUGGUUUGGCAUAAUUCACUUAAUAGUCAUUCACAAAACCUAAAUCAGUUUUUCAUUAUGGCUUUGAAUGUUGCUCCUGUAAGAGAUACAAAAUGGCUGACAUUAGAAGUGUGCCGACAAUUUCAGAGAGGAACUUGUUCACGUUCUGAUGAGGAAUGCAAAUUUGCACAUCCCCCCAAAAGUUGCCAGAUUGAAAAUGGAAGAGUUAUUGCCUGCUUUGAUUCCCUAAAGGUAAGGAAGAAAGUUGUAUGUGUUGAUGCUAAUGCUAAAAUACAAAUACUUUACAAAAACUUUACAUCAAAAAUAUAAAUAAUAAUUUCAUCUUAACGUUCAUACAUUGGAAACAAUUUGUUCUAGGAGUACUGCAUGUGUUGCAGAUUUUGUUUGUCUUAAGUUUUGGUUAUGUAAGCUUUAAAAGAAUUUGUGUUUGAGUGUUUUCCUGUCAGAUGUAAAUGUUUGUUGUUUACACAUCCAAACUGUAUAAGCUAUGGAAUGCACGAUUAUUGACAUCUAAUUUGACCAUUGUGUUCACACGAGUACCUUUCAUGCUUUAUCACUGUUCCAUGUCAAAUGAGAACAAAUGUCUGGUUUAAAACUUAGGCCAUUGUGCCAUUGAUAAUAAAGCAAUUUACAAUAAGUUAAAGGGUUUAAUUUAGAUCCACAGAAAAAUAGAUAUGUUGACUGAGUUGGCAACAGGCUUUGUUGCAAGGAUAGGUUUCUGGGUUAGUGUUUUUGUUCAACUUUAACUCACCGUAUCAUGCCUACUCUAGGUAUUGGCAGGUCUAAGCUGAGUCCAUAGCAUUACUAGUCGUAUGCUGUUUCUACUGUAUAGACUGUGAAGUAAGUUAAGAAUAGAGUGGAAGCUUACAAGUACACUCUUGUGAGUUAACAUUGGUAGCCAGUCAUAUUUCCUAACUUCUCAUAUCUUAAAACUUUAGCCUUUUUAAACAAACAGACAAGGCAUAAACUUACAGGACUUUCUGAGACGAAAGCUUUUUAUGUUUAAGUAUAUAUGCAUAUUUUUAGCAUGAGAAACAACAAUCAGUUUGACAAGAGGGAGAAAUACAACUUGAAUGAUAGGCAUAUUCAGGGUACUCCUAAGGUGCCAGAAGCUGGUCCAGGUUUCUCUUCAAUGACAGGUUGGUCCUGGAGAGGCGGCCUGUGAGAACUACUGAGGCUUUCUGGUGAUGAAGACAACGGUUAUUUAAAGAAUAAUGAAAGUGUAGAGUUUAUCAAAAAUGUGAGUUUGGAUACAGGAAAAAAAUAAGUGAAAUGUGAUGGGGAAGAACAUUGUGGUGAGCAGGAAAUGCGGCUCCUUACUGUUUUCUCUGGUUUUAGUUGGCUGAGAUUUUGCCAAUUUUAUCCAUUAGCUACAGCAUGCAUUUACACCACUCAAAGACAGGGCUGGUGCAACACCCUGACCCAUAUCUGGGAGUGAAAAUGAUUGAUGCUACCAUCAAAAUUGUUGCUGCUACCAUCAAAGCAAGAGAUCGACUCACUGGGUGUGCCAUGAGAGGGAGGCCUGUCUAGGUUUUGUAUGAACAGGUAAUUGGCUCUGUUGAGCAAGGCUGUGCAGCUUUGGAUUUCCCCCAUCUGAAGUCAGUUAUUGUGGACUUUGACUUCACUGCACUUCAGUGCUCAAGGAACUGGCCGCACCACUCUCAUUCUCUGUUUUCCACUAGCUUGGGGUUACUAGUUAUUUGGUGUGGUCAGCUGUUCUUCGGCAGGAGCAAGACACGUGGGUAAUUUCAUUUCAAACCUCUCUGAGAAGACGACAGCAUUUCCUUGUCUGGGUCAAGCCUUCUGGGGAUGGAUUUUCCCUGGCAAUUCUGCGGAGAUAGGUCUGAGGCUCCACGGGUCUUAAACCUGGGUCCACAGGUCUCUAAGCAACCCACAUAUCCUAGCCACUGUCUGGCAGUUUGCUGGGCUGAGUGGCUCAUGGAACCCUAGCCCCACCAGAGGCACCACACACAGGAAUCUUGACUGAAAGAGUGCUUGGACCCACCAAUUGGUCUGGCUGUACUACUUAAGCCAGAAGGAGGCAACUGGGAAAGGCCCUGACUGGAUGCUACAUUGGACCCUGCCUUCUUGCCUGAGUCCUGCUUUUCUGCUGUGUUCAUGAUCCCUGCCCCUGUCCUACGACACUGACUCUGGCUCUGACCAUUGGUUGGAGUCACUGAUUCUGAUUCCAACUCUGAACUUUGGCCCUGGCAUUCGGCCUCUGACUCUGAUUAUGACCUUUGGCUCCGAAUCUCAAGAAAGAGAUCUUGGAGUCACUGUGGAUAGUUCUCUAAAAACAUCCAUUCAAUGUGCAUUGGCAGUCAAAGAAGCGAAUAGAAUGUUGGGAAUCAUUAAGAAAUGGAUAGAUAAUAAGACAGAAAAUAUAAUAAUGUCUCUCUAUAAACCCACAUCUUGAAUACUGCAUGCAGAUGUGGUCGCCCCAUCUCAAAAAAAAAUAUAUUGGAAUGGGAAAAGGUUCAGAAAAAGGCAACAAAAUGAUUGGGGUAUGGAACGGCUGCCGUAUGAGGAGUGAUUAAUAAGACUGAGUCUUUUCAGCUUGGAAAAGAGACAACUAAGGAGGGGAUAUGAUAGAGAUCUAUAAAAUCAUGAAUGGUGUGGAGAAAGUAAAUAAAGUGUUGUUUACUCCUUUUCAUAACACAAGAACUAAGGGUCACCAAAUGGAAUUAAUAGGCAACAGGUUUAAAAGAAACAAAAGGAAAUAUUUCUUCACAAAACCUGUGGAACUUUUUACCAGAGGAUGUUGUGACGGGCAAGUCUAUAACAGGGAUCAAAAAAUAACUAGAUAAGUUCAUGGGGGAUAGGUCCGUCAGUGACUAUUACCCAGGAUGGACAGGAAUGGUGUCCCUAGCCUCUGUUUGCCAGAAGCUGGGAAUGGGUGACAGGGAAUGGAUCACUUGAUGAUUCUGUUCUGUUCGUUCCUUCUGGGGCACCUGGCAUUGGCCACUGUUUGAAGACAGGAUACUGGGGUAGAUGGACCUUUGGUCUGACCCAGUAUGGCCAUUCUUAUCUGGCUUGACCCUUAGUUUUGGCAUCUAGCCUCUGACUCUGGUUCUGACCUUUUGGCUCUGUUUUCUGGUACCUGACUCGUGUUCUGACCACUAGGAAUGACUGUCCAGGUCCCAGUCCCUAAAACUAGCUGCCUCAUGAUCCUGGCAAGGGUGCUGAGCAAAGAGAUGAUUGUUUGGGUUUUUUUUCUGAAUGGAACCAGUAUCAGUCCAAAAUGCUAUGGGUGCUGAUUGGAUGAAGGAAGGUGCUAGAGAACCUUUCCCUCCAACCCCCCAGCUCAGACCCAUUGGUUACAGGAGUUGGCCUUCCUUUGAAGGGCUGCCAAGAUAGUGUGAGGACAUAAUAUUUCAUCCUUCAUCUUCUAUCAACUCGGUUCAUUUUCUCUAGGGCUGGAUGGAACAUGCCAUUGGAAGUCCUGGUUCACUGAAGCUGUCUGUCCUUGUCUGGAUGUUUUAGUGCCAAGGAACAGAAAGUACUAUCCAAAUCAAACUGGCACUCUUCAGAGAGUAACUUUGCACAUACCAAUAGACUGCCACUUAACAGUCUGACUGUGUCCUUGAUUGGGGUGAAGGGAGGUGGGACUGACUUGAACCUUUUUUCUGGGUUUUGGGAGUAUGAUAGCAUCAGGAAGCAUAAAGUGCUUGGGGUUUAGCUGGGCCAGUUGGAGGAAGUGGAUGAUAGUGCUGAUAAGUAAAAGUUAAACUGCAUGUGAGCUGAAGAAGACUUGGCUUAAAUAAUGCUUUCUGGGCACUCUUUCAUGGUGUGGCUACUUUGACCCAUCAACACUCCUGCAGGCAGUGGUGCCCAACCUUAUUACACAGGAGGGCCAUAUAAACCUAAGCACAACCUUGUGAGGGCCAAACAGAUUCUUCACAUUUUAGUUUAUCACUUUUACUGAUUUAUGUUUUACGUUCAGCUUGUUUUGUAUGUAUUUAGCUAGAUUAUUUCUAAGUAUAGUACUGUCUAUUUGCACACAUAUGUAAACUAAAAUGAUGACAAAACGCUAAUGAAUCUGCUGUUAGUAUAUUAUGUUGAAGCAGGCACACGCCUUAUGAAAUGCUCUGCUGGGCCAUAGAUUAGGCAUCCCUGCCCUAAGCCAAAUGCAGCCUCUUGUAUUUUCAUUUUCAUUUCCCCCCCCAUCGCUGCCCAGAUGUACUCUCUCCAGCCUUUGCUUAGUCAGCUUAUUUUUUGGUGCAGAGUCCUCCAUUUCUUUAUUUUCCAGCCUUUCCCACAGAAUAGACUGUCCCCAAAGAAGAAAGUUUCCUUUUCCAUGGGUCGUUGUACAAGAGAGAACUGCAAGUACCUUCAUCCACCAACACAUUUAAAAACUCAACUAGAAAUUAAUGGCAGGAACAACUUAAUCCAACAGAAAACUGCAGCAGCAAUGCUUGCCCAGCAGAUGCAGUUCAUGUUUCCAGGAUCACCAAUUCAGCCAAUGCCCACAUUUCCAGUAGGUCCAACAAUAGGAACGAACACAGCUAUUAGCUUUGGUCCUUACUUAACACCUGUAACCCCUGGAGUUGGGUUAGUUCCUACUGAAAUCCUACCCACACCGCCUGUCAUUGUUCCUGGAAGUCCCCCUGUCACAGUUCCUGGUUCGACUGCUACUCAGAAACUCUUGAGGACUGAUAAACUGGAGGUAUGCAGGGAGUUCCAACGAGGAAACUGCGCGAGGGGAGAGACUGACUGCCGCUUUGCACAUCCUGCAGAUAGCACAAUGAUUGACACAAAUGACAACACUGUAACCGUUUGUAUGGAUUACAUAAAGGGGCGUUGCAUGAGGGAGAAAUGCAAAUAUUUUCACCCUCCUGCACAUUUGCAGGCCAAAAUCAAAGCUGCUCAACAUCAAGCCAACCAGGCUGCAGUGGCAGCUCAAGCAGCUGCUGCAGCUGCUACAGUGAUGACUCAGUCGACUGCCAAAGCAAUGAAGCGGCCUCUCGAAGCAACUGUAGACCUGGCCUUUCCUCCUGGCGUUCUUCACCCUUUACCAAAGAGACAAGCACUUGAAAAAAGUAAUGGUGCCAGUGCCAUUUUUAAUCCCAGUGUCUUGCACUAUCAACAGGCUCUUGCCAAUGCACAGUUGCAACAACAUGCAGCAUUUAUCCCAACAGGGUCAGUUUUGUGCAUGACACCCGCUACCAGUAUUGAUAAUUCUGAAAUAAUCAGCAGAAAUGGAAUGGAAUGUCAAGAGACCUCAUUGAGAAUUGCAAAACAUUGUUAUUGUACAUACUAUCCUGUCUCCUCCUCUCUAGAAUUGCCACAAACUGCAUGCUAAGUAAAGAUUUUGUUCUUAUGGACAGAUCAGAAAUUCUAAAAAGCUAGUGCUGCUGUAUUAUAUAUGAAUAUUACAUAUGGUAUGCUUAAUAUAUUCCAACCUAAAAUAGUUAGCUACCUGAUACGAGCUGUGAUGUUUCAAGACAUAAAGGGUAACAUUUUACUUUUAAAGAUUUUAUAAACAGUUUACUUCAUAGGAAUAUUUAUUAUCUCCAUAACUAUAGCUAAUGCGAAUGGCCCCAUUAAUUUAAUAUUUUAAGAUUCACAAUUUUUUGAAUUUUUCAAGUUUAGCAAUAGUUAAUUUACAUUGGCUAAAAUAUAUCCCAGUUACAGGUUUGAUUUUAACCCUAAUUAUUGUUAUUGUAACCAUGCAGAAAAACUCGAAAUCCUAUGUUUACUACCCUAGUCAGCUGACUCCAAUACAAAGAAAGGAAGUGAAACAAAACCCAGUACCUCUUCUCAUCACCCUGUAAGUCUAAAAUUUUAAAUAAAAAAGUAAAUCCAACGUAAGCACAAAUUCUUUAGAUACACAUAAACUGAUAUUUGACUUGUAUAGAGAAGUUGCAUUGAAUCAUGGGACAGCAGAAAAAAAAUUAAAACUUUGCACGGUAUGAACUUCAUACCUCCAAACAACAGAGUCUUGAAAAUAUUAUUUUACAAGUAUAUUUAUAACGUUUUUAAAAGAGACUUCGCAGAAGUGCCUAAAUUUUGCCACAUCAGACUUGAAGGAAGUGAGGCUGAUGCCAACAUUCUAAUCCACAAUAAGUGACUAAUCUUUUAAACUCUCAGUCAGGUUACCUAAAAGAACCAAGUUGCUGUUGAGGUAACUUCUAUCAAGAGCAACAAUGACAAAAAGGCUGUAGGUGAGGAGAUUUGUAAAAUAUUCUAAUUUAACUAAAACUGAGUUCAGUCACUGAAAACCUGAUAAGUGACUUUAAUCUAGAUUAUUAACUAAACAUUAAAAAUGUAGGGAGAGUUUCAGUUGAAUAAAUCAUUACAGUUCUUGCAUUUUUUAAAAUUGGAUUAAAGGGUUGUAACUGGAUUACAGCAUGGAGGGGGGAAAAACUAGUUCUUUUAACCUUUUUCUUUAAAAACAUAUUUUAUGUCACAGAAAUAUGAAGAUAUCUUUAAUACAACUAUAUACAUAUUAUAUAUAUACAUACAUACAUAUAUAUGGAUUAAACAGAUUUUAAUGUUUACUUUUUUAAAUACAUUGUUGUUUUACAAGGUAAUUAUAUAUGUACAAUUAAAAUUUCAUUUAGGUUUGGUUUAAGAUUUGUUUCCAGCACUGCUGUACCAAAUAUUUCAUAUUUUACAUUUUGUAUGUUGCACACUUCACAGAUACGUAGUUUUUAAAUUAUUGUUUAAAAAUGAAAACAGCUGUUAUAAGUGAAUAUUAUGUAUAAUUGUUGAUAACAUUAGUUUUCUAUGUGGACAUUGUUAGUGAUUGCAGUAUUUUAACUUAACCUUUUCAGAUUGAUUGUAAGUAUUUUAAACUUUGGCAGCACUGCCUUUUCUGAAAGGCACUAGAGCACUAAUGGUAUGAUUAUUUGUCUAGGAAAUUAUUUUCCGUUCUAAAUUUUGUUUGUCAAAUGUCUAAUUACUGUCUAUUUAUAUUAAAGCUGUAGAUCUGAUCACCCGAAAGAGAAAAAAAUCACAAUCUGAUUGUAAAAUUAACAUAGUGGUUGUAAUGUUGCAUUUGUUUUAUUUUGUGGAAAAAAAUGUAUCUUAACUUCUGUUACUUUAGCAGUUAAGGUAUCACCAUUAUGUACUAUUAAAACACUAAUAUUUGUAGACUUUCUCAGUCAUUAUAACUAGGUAGUUGACAUUGCAACUUGCCUAUAUCUGUCAAAGUUGUUUUUAUUUGUUUUUAAUAAUAGUUCAUUUAGGCAUUUUGGUAGCUUAUUGUACAAGACUAAAUGGUAAAUUAUCCACAUUGUUUAAAUAUUUUAUGUAGAGGACUGUUUAAAACAUUGUUUUGUGCAAACUUUUUGUGUUUCAUGAUAAUGAUUCUAUCGUUUUUUACAAUUACUUCAGUUCUACUAUUUUUUUGCCCAUUUGUGACAAAGCUUCAGAUACAUCAGGUCUUGCAUUCAGACAAACCUACAAAACAAACGAGAAAAUGUAUUUUUAAUACGAGAUCCACUUUCCAACUUUAUAACUUUGUGAUAUUCCUAGAAACUGAACAAGUACAGAUCUGUGCUAACAAUAAGGAGGCAAUUACACAGAUGUGCAGAUAAAUGUACAACAGAUUCUGCAUUUUAUUUAUUAACAAAUAAUUUUUAGAACAAUUACAGAUUUGGAAAGAUCUAAAACUAUUUUUCUGUAUAAAUAUUGUUUGCCAAAACUUUUUAUAUAUUUUAAAAAGGAACUAUAAUGAUGAGUAAACCUUAAAUGCUUUAUUUACUUUAAAUAAAUAAAUAAACUCCCCAGAAAGAGCCAUGAGAUGGGCCAAAAUUGAGAUAGUAAAUACUAUAGCUGAGACGUGAUUUCAAGUUACUUGAGAUGUCUCAGUAUUUAUUUUCUAUAAAUGAAACAGCACUUCACCAAAUACCUUAUCAUUUCUUUCUUUCAUACAAAAUGUAAUUGACUGCGCUUAUACUGAAUAUUUCAAUAAGAGUUAAAGAAAUCCCUUCUUUCAUGCCUUUCACUGUAACCAUGAGCAAUCUGUUAAAUAUCCAUUCUACUUUUGUUGUAACAUUAAGUUCAUUCACCCCAAUGUGCAACCGCUCAAAUAAAAAGAAGCAUUUUAAAAUGA